ACUCUCUAGAGACCAGAAAAUACUUCUUCAUGGAGGCGGAGGCGGAGGCGGUGGGAGCUUUUAAGGAUACGGCGGCGUCAGUUGAAGCCGCGACGGUGUUUCCGGGGUUCAAGUUCUCGCCGACGGACGUGGAGCUGAUCUCGUAUUACCUGAAGCGGAAGAUGGACGGUUUGGAGCGGUCCGUUGAGGUUAUACCGGAAACAGAUAUUUACAACUUCGAGCCUUGGGAUUUGCCCGAUAAGUCGAUAGUUAAAUCAGAAACGGAAUGGUUCUUCUUCUGUUCACGAGGCAAAAAGUAUCCACAUGGGUCACAGAACAGGAGAGCGACCAAGAUGGGGUACUGGAAAGCCACUGGAAAAGAACGUGAUGUGAAGUCUUCUUCUCAAGUGAUUGGAACAAAGAGGACGCUUGUCUUCCAUAUGGGUCGUGCACCAAAAGGCGAAAGAACAGAAUGGCUUAUGCACGAGUACUGCAUGAAAGGAGUUUCUACGGAUGAUGCUUUGGUUGUUUGCCGGCUUAGGAGGAACAAAGAGUUCCAUUCUUGUACGAGUAGUCACAAGGCACCAGAGUCAGAUUUACCAGCAGAGAAGCACAUGAUCAUGCAAAAUGGUGGUGGUGCUGCUAGUUCUAGGAGCCAGGCUGAUUUGGACAGCAUGGUUGAUUUUUACCUUGCCGGUGAGUCAGGGGAGGAGCUUCUCAACGAGAUGGCAGAAACAGCAGACAAUCUACAGGUGCAAACUGAAGAUGAUUUCUUUGCGGAUAUCCUAAAGGACGAAAUAAUCAAUGUGGAUGAAGCGGUCACAACGGGGAAUUUAGCGAACGAAGUGCCAACACUUGAAUCAGCAUCAAAGGCUAUAAGGGUACUACCUUUACCUAGCAUGAUUGACAACCAGAUGGCUUCACUGUUAGAGGAAAGACCAUCGCAGCAGAAGAAAGGAAAAGGGAGCAGUGGCACGGACCAGUUGUCGAGCUGCUUCAUGGGGAUAUACUCGAUCAAAACGGUGAACAGGGCGCGAUGGGACGUGAUUAUAUGUGUAGUUGCUCUUAUUGUAAUGUUGUUUUAUCUAGAGUAAGUCUAUGGAAAGUAGUAAGAACCAGUUUCAUGUGUUGUUUUUCGAUGUUAAGAAAAGAAGAACAUAUAAUCAUGUCUGAAGUUUUGUUUUUGUAAAAAAAAAAAAAAAGAAGAAGUUUUGUUUUUGUGUA